AUGUGCUCUUAUUGCGGUGUUCAACAUAAACAGCCUAGACAACAAUUUUGCCCUGCUUUUAGAAAGAGAUGUAACAAAUGUGGAGUGCUUGGACAUUUCAUAAGAGUUUGUAAAAGUGAACGAAGUUAUCACAUGCGCGAGGAAAAAGCUAACCAAGUUCAAGAUGAAUUAAACGAAGAACUAUUUGCCUUGGAGAGCAAUAAAGACAAUGGCAGUGCAAAGAAAUUUUUUGCUAAUUUAACAUUGCUUAACAAAAGAAAUAAUCGAGUGAUUAGAGCUCAAAUUGAUUCGGCAUCUACUUGCAAUACAAUAUGCCGUUAAAUUGGUUGCGGAAGAAUUUUCCGGGAUGUAAAUUAGGAAGGACUUUGGCAACAAUAUGCACAUAUGCAAAUCAGAAAAUUGCUCCCAAAGGACAAGUCACAUUAUGUUGUGAAGCAAAGGGGAAAUUCCACUUAUUAGAUUUUCUGGUCGUUGAUGUGCCUGAAGAGAAGCCAGCAUUGCUGAGUGGUUGCGAUGCACAGAAGAUGGGGUAUUUGAAAAUUUAUGCUGACGAGGUUCAAGCAGUUGAUGUUGAAAGUGAAAGAAACUAG